AUGGAGAUCCAGGACGGAGCAGAGCUCUGUUUUCCUCAACUCCUCAACACCUCCUGCAGGAAGCCGACAUCUCACCGUUUUGAAGCUGUACUUCUGAACGUUGUGAUGUCGUCCAUAUCUGUGCUCAGUGUGGUUCUCAACCUGCUCGUCAUCAUCUCAGUCUCCUGCUUUAGGCAACUCCACACACCCACUAACAUCCUCCUGCUCUCUCUAGCUGUCUCUGACUUUCUUGUGGGCUUCGUGUUGCUGCCAGGAGAAAUUUACUUACAAACCCAAUGCUGGUUUCUUGGGGAUGUGAUGUGUUCACUUUAUUAUUAUUUACUCUUCAUUGUUUUCACGACUUCAAUAGGAAACAUGGUGCUUAUAUCAACUGACCGAUAUGUUGCUAUUUGUCAUCCUCUGCAUUAUCCCACCAGAGUCACUGUGACAAAAGCCAAACUGUGUGUUUGUAUGUGUUGGUUCUGUUCUGUUUUCUACAGUAGUGUUGUUUUUAAGGAUGCCCUGAAUCAACCAGGCAUCAAUAACUCCUGCUAUGGAGAAUGUAUACUUGUUAUCAGCUAUAUUGCUGAAGUUGUUGACCUUGUUGUAAACUUUAUUGUCCCAGUUGUGGCUAUUAUACUUCUAUAUAUGAGAGUGUUUGUGGUGGCUGUGUCUCAGGCUCAUGCCAUGCGCUCUCACACUGCAGCUGUCACACAUCAGCAUUCAGUGACACAAAGUCACAGGAAAUCUGAGUUGAAAGCAGCCAGGACUCUGGGUGUUCUUGUACUUGUGUUUCUAAUAUGUUUCUGUCCAUAUUACUGUGUCUCCCUGGCAGGGACCAGCACUUAUUCUGUAAAUCUUGCAUCUAUAAUGUUUUAUUUGAACUCCUGUCUAAACCCUGUGAUCUAUGCCUUGUUUUAUCCCUGGUUUAGAAAGGCUGUGAAACAUAUAGUGACUCUGCAGAUUCUGCUGCCUGGUUCCUGUGAGGUCAGCAUGUUGAAGUGAAACUGUGGAGGGAUUGAAAUGAUAUCUGCUAUACAAAGUUUAUUAAUCAGCGAGUUAAACACUUCAGGGGUCUGGAAAGAGGAAAUGUACGUUGUAUGGGAAAUGAAACAUUUACACAAAUUGUACAAAACUUACAAGAUAAGAGUUUUAUAUUGGCUUUAAUACUCAGUGUAUUAAAGACAAUAUCAAACUUUCAUUUUGUAUAGUUGGGUUUUAAAGGUCAUCAGAUAUCAAUCAUUGCAUAUCUACUGAACUCAGAGCCCUGCCAGUCUGAAUUGUACCUCUCAUAUGAAAAUACAGUGUGUUUCAAUGUGAAUGUGAGGCUGACAAAUCUGUUGAAACUAUGAGAUGUAAUGUUGUCAACAUAUACUACCUUUAAUUAGCAAAAUAAUCAUAAAAAACUUGGUUUAUGAAAGGGUCAUUACCCUUCCAUGGCAACAGUUCAAUACAUGUGUGAAUUAUUAUUGCAAACAAAGGUCAAGAUAAUUUACUGAGUGAAAUAAAUUAACAUGGUGCUGACCCUCA